UCUUCAUUUCACCACUUUUUUUUAGAUCACAUGAUUCACUAAAUUCGAUCUAUUGUCACACACAAUCACAUGAACCCAGAUCGAUCAACAGCUAGCAUUUUCACAUGAAUUCUCUCUCUUCUCAUCUAUAAACCCCUUUUCCAGUACAGUAUCUUGCCGUUACUUGUUCAUGAUAAACUUUUUAUCUAUCUAGUCUCUGUCACUCUCUUCCUCAUUAAUCAUUCAUCUUCUCCCGUUUCUGCUAAAAGUAUUCUUAUCAUUAUUUGCAUAUAUACAUAUGAAUAUUCAUGAUCAACUUUAGCUAGCUAGCUAGAGAUCGAUCGAUCGACCGAAGAGAGGAUGGGAAAGCUUAGGUUUGGCAAGAUUCUGGAUUCAAUCUGUAUGUCUGCUGGUUCGGGUUCUUCAUAUUUCUGUGGUAAUAAUAAUAGUGUUUUGGAAGGAGAUGAUCAAGAUGAGUUUGAAGCCAAACCUCUUGUUGAUAAUGAAGAGUUUAUAAGAUUGAAGGAUGAGUUUGAUAAACCAAAGACACUUGCUUUUCAGUUGAAACCCAAGACUGUGGUGCUGAGAGUGUCGAUGCAUUGCUAUGGGUGUGCAAAGAAAGUUGAGAAACAUAUUUCCAAGAUAGAAGGAGUGACCUCGUACCAAGUGGAUUUGGAAACCAAGAUGGUUGUAGUAAUUGGGGACAUCAUGCCGUUUGAAGUAUUGGAGAGCAUUUCAAAAGUCAAGAAUGCCCAGCUCUGGACACUCUCCCCAGUUGAUCGAGCUUAAUUAAUUAUUUAAAUACUUCUAUUGUUCUAUUAAUAUUACUUAGCUAGCUAGUAAUUAGUUAGUUAGAUUUAAACUUAAUUUCAAUUGCAAAGAUCAAGAAAUUAUUGUUUAUUAUAUAUUAUAAGUCAUCUUUUGUACAUAUUAUUGCAUGUUUGUUUGU